CAUUAGUCUCUUUGAAUUGUGGUCGUUAACCGUAUAUCCGAAAAUAAAUUUUGAAAAUGGAUCGAUUCAUGUUGUGUAUAAUUAUAUCAACUUGCAUUCCAUCAAUUAUGUGUGGACCUGUGAUAACCGAUGAUUAUGCUGCGCCAAGAUCAGACUCUGAACCUGUAUACACUCAUCCGUAUAGUGAUUCAAAAAGUGAUUCGCCGUUUGAAUACGAUGUGCCUACAUCCGAAUAUGGACCACCAUCCCAAAAAUAUAAAUUAAUCACAAAAAAUGUGUACAUUCAUAUUCCACCAGCCGAACAACCAGAAUAUCAACCAAUUCAAACAUUUGAACAACCAAUUCCCAAAAAACAUUACAAUAUUGUGUUCAUUAAAGCUCCAACUGCACCAACGCCAACCGUGCCCGUUAUACCUGAACCAAUUCAAGACGAACAUAAAACAUUGGUGUAUGUUCUUGUGAAAAAACCAGAUCCACUACCUAAGAUUGAAUUGCCACAAAUUAAACCAACCGAACCAUCAAAACCAGAAGUUUUCUUCGUUAAAUAUAAAGAAGACGAACCGAACAAAGCAUACGGUGUACCAAACUAAUAUAUCUAUUAUCUAUCUUUUUUUUGAA